AUGUCUACUGAACAAAAAGUUGCAGCCCCAUCUCAAAGUUUAUUAAAUAAUAAAUGGGAUGUUGUUUUAUCAAACACUUUAAUCAAGACCGGUUUAGGUUUUGGUGGUGGUGUUUUAGCGUCAAUCUUAUUAUUUAAGAGAAGAUCUUUCCCAGUCUGGUUAGGGAUUGGUUUUGGUUUAGGUAGAGGUUACUCUGAAGGUGAUGCUAUUUUCAGAUCUAACCACGGCUUAAGAACCGUUAAGGCUUGA